CUGUGCUGUCACCGGGAGGAAGGGAUCAGGGUCUCCAUCAUAGCUGUGCUCAGGCUGACACGUCGGACUCUGCCACUGCUGCUCAGGAGGAAAGUACCGGUGAUAGAGAGCUGUCCGGUUGUUUACGGUCGGACCUUGCUGCCAGCCCGCAGAGCCACUGUGUCACCAUCAUCAUCAUCAUCAACGUUAUCAUCAUCUCUGCUGAGGAUGCCGCAGACAAACAAGUCCAGAAAAUCCCCGAUGCCUGACUCGUCUUCUUCUUCGGGAGCGGCUGGAGAGGAUCCGGAGCCGGCGUCCCGGGAGGUGAGCCUGGCUGCUGGGGAUACACCAGGAGGAGGUGGAGAAGGAGGAGGAGGAGAGGACAAUGUUGGAGACAACACGAUCAUCAAGUCCCCCAGUGAUCCAAAACAGUACAGGUACAUUGUGCUGGAGAACGGGCUGCGAGCUCUGCUCAUUUCAGACUACAAUGGAGCAGCCGCUUCGGAAGAUGAUGACUCAGAUGGAGGUGAAGAAGAAGAAGUAGAGGAAGAGGGAGAGGAAGAGGGAGAGGAAGAGGAAGAGGAGGAGGGGGAAUCUGGAGAUGAAACAGAAGACGAGUCUGAGGAAGAUGAUGAGGAGGAGAACGGGGGCAGUGAUGAUGAUGAAGAUGAUGAAAAGGAGGGGAAGAAGAAGAAAGGAAAUUCAGACAAACAGUCUGCAGCUGCUCUGUGUGUCGGAGCGGGCAGCUUCAGUGACCCCAGUGACCUCCCCGGCCUCGCCCACUUUCUGGAGCACAUGGUGUUCAUGGGCAGCGAGAAGUACCCCUCUGAAAACGGCUUUGAUGCUUUCCUCAAGAAGCACGGAGGGAUUGACAAUGCUUCCACUGACUGUGAGAGGACGAUAUUCCAGUUUGACGUCCAGAGGAAAAGCUUCAAAGAGGCUCUUGACAGGUGGGCGCAGUUCUUCAUCUGCCCCCUGAUGAUCCGGGACGCCAUCGACAGGGAGGUGGAGGCCGUCGACAGCGAGUACCAGCUGGCUAAGCCUUCCGACUCCCACAGGAAAGAGAUGCUGUUUGGCAGUCUGGCCAAACCUGGACACCCUAUGGGCAAGUUCUGCUGGGGAAAUGCCGAGACUCUGAAGCAGGAGCCUAAGAAGAAGAAGAUCAAUGUCUAUAAACGGCUGCGUGCCUUUUGGAAGAAACACUAUUCUGCCCACUACAUGACUCUUGCUGUGCAGUCAAAAGAGAAGCUGGACACUCUUGAGGAGUGGGUGAGAGAGAUCUUCAGCAAGGUGCCUAACAAUGGUCUGCCCCAGCCGGAUUUCUCUCAUUUGCCGGAUCCCUUCGAGACACCAGCGUUCAACAAGCUCUACCGAGUCGUUCCUGUGAGGAAAAUUCAUGCUUUGAAUAUCACCUGGGCUCUUCCUCCUCAGGAGGAACACUACCGGGUGAAGCCUCUCCACUACAUCUCUUGGCUGAUUGGCCAUGAAGGCACAGGAAGCAUCCUCUCACUGCUCAGGAGGAAGUGCUGGGCCCUGGCUUUAUUUGGAGGAAACAGUGAAACCGGCUUUGACCAGAACACAACCUACUCCAUCUUCUCCAUCUCCAUCACCCUCACUGACGAAGGUUUCCGAAACUUCUACCAGGUGACUCACCUGGUUUUCCAGUACCUGAAGAUGCUGCAGACGCUUGGACCACAGCAAAGAGUAUACGAAGAGAUCCAGAUGAUUGAAACAAAUGAGUUUCACUACCAGGAGCAGAUUGAUCCCAUCGAGUAUGUUGAGGAUAUUUGUGAGAAUAUGCAGCUGUUUCCCAAAGAGGAUUUCCUAACAGGAGAUCAGCUGAUGUUCGAGUACAACCCAGAAGUGAUCAGUGCGGCUCUGUCCCUGCUCACCCCUGAGAAAGCAAACCUGAUGCUGUUGUCACCAGAACAUGAGGGCCAGUGUCCCCUGCGGGAGAAGUGGUUUGGAACACAAUACAGCGUGGAGGACAUCCAGCAGGAGUGGAUGGAGCAGUGGACGGGCAACCUGGAGCUGAACAGCGACAUCCACCUCCCUCAGGAGAACAAGUUCAUCGCCACUGACUUCACCCUGAAGCCCUCUGACUGCCCAGACACAGAGGUCCCCGUCCGGAUUGCCGACAGCGACAGGGGCUGCCUGUGGUACAGGAAGGACAACAAGUUCAAAAUCCCAAAAGCCUACAUCAGAUUCCACUUAAUCUCUCCUAUAAUCCAGCAAUCUGCCAAGAACGUGGUCUUGUUCGACCUGCUGGUCAACAUCCUCGGACACAACCUAGCGGAGCCGGCCUACGAGGCGGAAGUGGCUCAGCUGGAGUAUAAACUGGUGGCUGGCGAACAUGGCCUGGUCAUCAAGGUCAAAGGAUUCAACCACAAACUGUCUCUGCUGUUCCACCUGAUCAUCGACCGCCUCGCUGAUUUCUCCGCCUCUCCUGGCGUCUUCAGCAUGUUCUCAGAGCAGCUCAAGAAAACUUACUUCAACAUCCUCAUCAAACCCGACAAACUUGGCAAGGACGUUCGUCUGUUGAUGUUGGAGCACGGUCGCUGGUCCAUGGUGGAGAAGUGCCAGGCUCUGACGGCCGGGCUCACCAGCGAUGAUCUGACGGAGUUCAGCCGCAGCUUCAAGACGGAGCUGUACGCCGAGGGACUGGUGCAGGGCAACUUCUGCAGCACUGAGUCAGCUCAGUUCCUGCAGUAUGUCACAGAGAAGCUGCAGUUCUCAAAGUUGCCAGCAGUUGUGCCAGUGAUGUUCAGAGUGGUGGAGCUUCCUCUGAAGCACCACAUCUGUAAAGUCAAGUCGCUCAGUAAGGGAGACGCCAACUCUGAGGUCACAGUUUACUACCAGUCUGGCCUCAAGGCCUUAAAGGAGCACACACUGAUGGAGCUGUUAGUGAUGCACAUGGAGGAACCCUGCUUUGACUUCCUCAGGACCAAAGAGACUCUCGGGUACCAUGUCUUCCCGACCUGCAGAAACACCUCGGGUGUACUGGGAUUCUCUGUCACCGUGGAAACACAGGCUACCAAGUUCAGUACCGAGCUGGUGGAGUUAAAGAUUGAAGAGUUCCUGGUUUCAUUCGGGGACACGCUAAAUGCUCUGACUGAGGAGGCCUUUAAAACUCAGGUGACUUCUUUAGUGAAACUGAAGGAGUGUGAGGACACACACCUCGGGGAGGAGGUGGACAGGAACUGGGCCGAGGUGGUUACACAGCAGUAUGUGUUUGACAGGCUUAACAGAGAGAUUGAGGCUCUGAAGCAGAUGAGCAGGAAUGAGCUGGUGUCUUGGUUCCAAGAACAUCGAGAACAGAACAGCCGCAAACUCAGUGUGCAUGUGGUGGGAUUUGGUGCUGAGGAGAAUGAUGAGGACGGCAGUGGUAAAAAACAAGAAAGCAAAGAGGAGGAUAUAAUUGGCGCUACCUACUGUGAAGUGUCCAAACUCACUUUCCUUCCUGCCUCACCCAAGCUGGCGGGCGCCAUUUCCAUCAUGGAUAUUCCUGCUUUCACUCUAGGCCUUCCCCUCUUCCCCUACCACAAGAUACUGGAAUGAACUUGUUGUCAGACUGACAGAGGGCUUAGCUCUGAGCUCUGAGCCACAUUUGGGGGACGCUGCCUCAUUAGAGAUGCAGGCGCUUAAUAUGUGGAGGUGAAGGCGGUUGAAACGGCGUCGGCUCCUCUCUUGACCUGGAUUCUGUCUCUGGGGCCCGGCUGUUGAUUUUAGUUAACACUGUGUGCACAAGCAAAAAAGCCUGGAAGUGAUAAUAGACUUUUCUUUUUAGCCAAGUGAUAAUCUAUUCUGUUUUCUCACACUCAAUUGUUUUAUAUCCCCAGACACUGGGAGUGUGGGAGAGGUCCCAUUCUCUUCCACUAUUCAAUAUCAUAAAUCAAAUCUCAUUUAUUUAGUUCUCUGAGCUCUGCUGAUGAAUCGGUCUUUUCACUGGUUAUGUCGCACUGCAGGUUGAGCCUCAUACUAUUUUAAAGUUGUUUGAACUCCACAUGUACGUGUUUGAGUGAUCCUGCUCUUGAUUUCUUUCUCUGCCGUGCACUACUGUUAUAAGCUGACCUGGAUUGUGCCAUGGAAUGAAACUGUGCUAAGAAAUAAAUCUGUGACUGAACGAA